AUGGCUGUCCCACGAGAGUCAAUGUUUCUACCGACCAUCAAGUGUUCGUCAUGUGGUCGACAAGUAGAAAUAUCUCUCAUGGGCGAGCACAUCUGUACCCCUGCAGAACCUGAACUCUCACCGCCGCCAGAGCAGUACGAACCCUACACGCCAUACAGCCCAGUACCACCUCCCGAAAAGCAUGGCCGGGUACCGCCAUCACUUGACGUCAAUGCUGCCAACCAGCCUUUUCUGCGCCAAGGGCAGCUUACACCGAACAGUGAUCUAUCACCACCGGGCGAAUUGGGAACCUUUUUUGAUUCAGCCCCAACACCCCAUGAAGAUGACUUGAUCAUGCCGUCUCCGCGCCCGGUCGAGCGACCCGGCGCUUAUGGAGGCUUCGGUGAGAAGAAGCAUGGUCCGGACAUGCAACCUCGCUCCAUUAGCCCCAACGGUGGAGUGAAUAAUACACUGCUCAAACGACUCGAUACGAUCGCGCCAGGCCCUUUCGAUGCUAUCCGCAGCCCCUCAGCGACAUCACCGUCGUUUCCAAAGGAAAUAACUGGCAGCACUAAUAACACGAUCACUAAGCACGACGAUUUUCUGAGCGCAUCACCAAAAGACAUCUACAUCUCGAACAAAACCGACAUGUCAACGUCUCCCACGGGAGGCAACAACAACAACGCUGUACCACCGCCGCGGCCGUCGAGGGACGACUAUGAAGGGAUUGGGAAUCCUUACGAUUCAGAUGACCAGCUUCAACCUCAGCCUCUGGGACUCAUCAACCGCUCCGAUACAUUCCCCAAGUCAUCAUUUAGGCCAGAGCCACCCCUGAGGACGCCUUCAGCACCGGGAACGAAGCCUGAGCGUGUCAAGGCCGAGGAUGGCCGCGGUCAUGUAUCAAGGCCAUCCAUGGGACCAGACACAUCAAGACCGCCUCCCCCACGCAAGAGUUUGCUUCGACCGCAAAAUCCCGGCAAGAUUUCAGCAUCGGUUGAUCUUGCUGCUGAAUUCGGCAUCAACAAUCCCUAUCACACCCCCUCCGACUCAACGUCAUCCGGCUACUCGACUUUUAGCCACCAGAGCCGUGGCAGCUCCCAGACCAGCCAGGCUAGAUCUCAAGCUCGCCGCGACCAUUCAGACACAUCGACUAUGGAUGGUUUAAUGACUGACCUGGAAACCUCAAUGGAGAGCCUUGGUUCCAAGGACCCUGCUCCACUACAGGUCCCUUCUCGGACCAAGUCACCUCUUUCGGAGUCGCCCCUGGAAAUUUCUCCGAAAGACCACAAGCCGGACUUUACCACUCAAAAUGGACCUCAGGUCGAGACCCGAGAACGACCAAGCGAGCAGAACUUGUUCCCGGCCUAUGGAUCCUCGCCGCAAGACCCAUACCAUCACGAUCCGGUCGCGCAAUCAGGGCGUGGGGCCAGCAACAUCCCCUCCCCUCUGGCACCUCCCAUGCGCAAGGGUUCCCAAGAUCCCGCGAGGUCUAGGGGCAACUGCAAGGCUUGCGGACUUGCUAUUACAGGAAAGAGUAUCUCUUCAGCGGAUGGAAGAUUGACAGGAAAAUACCACAAGGCCUGCUUUGUCUGCACAACAUGCACUCAGCCUUUUACGUCGGCCGAGUUCUACGUCCUCGACGACAAGCCUUACUGCGAGCACCACUAUCACAAGCUCAACGGCAGUCUCUGCGGAAGCUGCGCGAACGGUAUCGAAGGACAAUACCUGGAGGACGAGUUUGCCAUCAAGUAUCACGUUGGCUGCUUCAGAUGUCUCGACUGCGGCCGAUCCCUCUCCGAGGGCUACUUUGAGGUGGAUGGCAAGUCAUACUGCGAACGGGAUGCCUGGCGACGAGUCCAACAACCUUGGAUCUCUCCCAAUGGACAGCCUAUGGACCCCAACGGGCCUAUGAAGGGACCACCAGCUCGGUCAGCGUCCGGAUCCCGACCCCCGAACGGCAUGGUUGGCCUCCCCAGCCAUCCCGCACAACGGCUCGGCCCUGGCAUGGGUCUCCCGCGACCUCCGUAUGGCAUGCCGCCGCCUGGCCACCGCCUUGCACCCGGACCUCUCGGCCCCCCUGGCCCCCGACCCCGGAUGAACAAGCGCAACACUCGCCUUGGCAUGAUGUAA